AUAAAAAAGUUAACUAAAUAUUUUUUCCGUAUAAAAACUAGUGAAAACAAAUAACUACCACUUUUCAAUCAAUUCUCGUUAAACUAUAUGUGGUUAUAAGAAAUAUAUAUAACAGUGGCAACGUCUAUUUAUUAAUAGUGUGGAAUGAGGGCGGCAACCCAUUCAAAAUUGUCACCAGUCUAAACAAAAGUGCAAAGGUGUACAUUAAUGAAAAUUGAUUAUUUGAUGAUUUAAAUAAAAUAAAAUGGAAAACGAAGAACACCAAUUAGGUAAACCGUUUAAAAUAACUAACCGAUCGCGGGAAAUAAAAAAAGGUGUAGUAGCUGAAUCUUUGGAAGAUCUAACCUCAAAAGUUCGUUCUAAAUUAAAUAUCGAAGAAAACGAAAAUGUGACUGUCGUUUUGGAAGUUGACGGUACAGAAAUCGACGACGAGGAAUAUUUCAGUACAUUAGACUCAAACACGAGUUUAAUGAUACUUACCCAAUCGGAAAAUUGGGUACCUCCAAGUCCUCCCUGUCGACUAAACAUUGAUCAAGUUGAUGAUACCAAGGGUGGAACUGAACUAGUAGGAUUGGUUGAUCGUUUAAAAAGUAACCUUUGUCAUCUUUCGUUACUGGGUGGUGCAGAAUUAGAACUGUUGAGCGAUAUGGAUCCGGAAUCGUUGGUCGAUAUCACUUUUCCCGAUAGAAUUUUUUUGGAAAAUUUAAAAGAAGCUUCAGGGCGUUAUUUAGUGGAAAAAAGACAAGCUCAAGAUGCCAUGGAUUUGUUGAGGUUGUACCAAGAGAAAGAGAACGAUGGCGGGAAUUAGACGCCGGUGGCCUCCUACGAUAUUUUUCUGUGUUAUUAUUUUUAAUGUGGUCGCCGCAAAAUUUCCCCGGGGUAUUUUAGACGAAAAUAAGACUGAUUUGCCAGUAAGGAAAAUGUCAUGGCGAAAACGAUUUGCUCAAAUCACUAAAGCACACACACAUACACACAUUUUCAACACCAACAAUUUCGUAAUGAGAAAAUUACAUUUCUUCUUAUACACGAUAUAAUCAGUCACAAAAUCACGUAAAUAUAUAAUAAUCAAUGUCUUUUAUGAAUUUUAUGUAUUUAAUUAAAAUAAAAUAUAUAAAUAUCCAUAACCAUUUUUAUAUUUUAUACUAGUUAUAUUAAAUUUAAAUGAUAUUGGGUUAUAUAUUUUUUACUCACCUCGUAUAAAAGUAAAAUUCAUCUAAAAGUUUUUGAUUUACACACAAAUAUUCAUUCCCCACUUGUUAACGUGCAUUUUUCGCAUUGUUAUUUGCUAUUAUUUCGACAAAAUGGAUAGGAAGUGAAUAUAGAGGGUGUCUCAUAAAAUUUCCAAUGUUCACAAUGUUUAUAUUAUAAUAUUUAAAUUGCGAUUUUUAUAUUUUUCACAAUGUUAUUUCGACAAAAUGAAUCUGAAGUUAAUAUAGAGAGUGUUUCAUAAAAUUUCCAAUGUUUAUAAUCAUACAAAAAGAGAGUCAUAGAUAGUGUAUGUAUUAUACUAUAAGCAGUGAUGUAAAGUGCCGAUAUGUUAAAAAAUUGCCAAUUAUAGACAAUUUUGACCUCUAUACAAAGACUCUCAAAAUUCAUUGAAUCAAAGCUCUGACAGUUCAUUUAAAUGCACAAUUCUUUUGGUCAAAACGACAGGAAAUUGGAAAAAUGAUAAGCUAUCUCGCUCAACACCCAUUAAACAAUUUAUACUACAACAAUAAAAACGUAAAUUUGAGUAUUUGAAAGUGAAACACUCGCCAAUGUUUAAAAAUACGAGUAUUCAAAUGAGAUUGUGUGCCACCCAGCAAAGAUGGCCGAAGUGUCUAUGACGUCAUUCUGGAAUUAUACAUUUAUAUAUUGUUUGACAUUGUUGCCGAUUUGAUACUGUUUUUUAUCAAACUCACUUCUAAAUUGAAAUUUUGAAUAAUUUAUAAUAAAUUUUUAAUACUAUUCCAAGAAUUAAUGAGAGUUUUUAUAUUAGAAAUAAUUACAGCAUUCUAGAUGAAUUUUACUGUGUUGAAUUUUGUUGACACAUACGAUGAGCUCACAACAUUAAAACCUAACCUCAAAAUACCGCAUUGCUUUCCAUUGUUGCCAAUACGUGAUAAUUUUAAUUUCUUGAUAAAUUUACUGCAUCGUAAUAAUGAAUCUUGUCCCGUAAAACGAGUUUGUGUACCGUUAUGAUUAAAAUAAAUCUAAAAUUGGUUGAAAUGAUCAGUUUUUGAGAACUUUUGCAAGUUUGAAUAUUUAUAUAAAAAACUUUUUCAAUAUCUUCCAAAAAAAAACUGAAUAUAUCUCAUUAAAUGCACAUGAUUUCUAAUUAUGCAGUAAUUUUUAUAUCUAACUAAUAGAAAUAAACGAGAAAAAUAAAUAAAUAAAUAGAUGAAUCGUUUAUAAUAGUAUUCCAAUCUUUGGCAAGAGAAUGUGUUACCUUAGCUGUGAUAAUAUUAUUAUACACACCCUGUAGAUACAUUUUUUAUGUUUUUUUACUUAUACCCCACAUAAAUCAACGAUUGGAAUGUACUAUUUAUGGUAUUUAUACAGGGUUGAAUGAAAAAUACGAAAUUAUCGAAUAUUAUACAUAGCAUUUUAUCCAUUUAGUUAUUUUGACAGAACUACAUAUUACAACUAGAUCCAUAGAAAUAUACGAUUUUAAUGUUUUCUCACAUUCGCUUCAAUUGUCAUAAAUUAUGUGUCAUAUUUCAUUUUUUCGUAUGUCAUGUGCCACGUCUCGUAUGUCAUAUUGUCAAAUUUCGUUUACGCUAUAUCAAAUUCGAUUUAUUCAUUAUUACAUAUCAUGUAACACAUUUCGUUCAUCAAAUUUCAUUUAUUAUAUGUCAUAUUUCACAAACUAUAUGUCAUAUAUCAUAUUUCGUUCAACAAAAUUCAAAUUUCGUUUAUCCCAUGUCAAAUUUCAUUUAUCAUAUGUCACAUUUCGAGUAUUGCUUGUCAUUGGUCUUAAUUCGUUAAACAAAUGCCAAAUUUCUUUUGUCUCGUAUCAAAUUUCAUGUAUUAUAUGUCAUAUUUCGUAAACUAUAUGUCAUAUAUCAUAUUUCGUUCAACAAAUGUCAAAUUUCAUUUAUUAUAUGUCAUAUUUCGCAAACUAUAUGUCAUAUAUCAUAUUUCUUUCAACAAAUGUCAAAUUUCAUUUAUCAUAUCUUAUUUCUCGUGUAUUUUGUCAUGUGUCAUAUUUCGUUCAACAAAUGUGAAAUUCCAUUUAUUCUAUGUCAAAUUUCAUUUAUCAUAUGUCAUUUUUCGUGUAUUAUAUGUCAUGUAUCAUAUUAUGUGCGACAAAUAUCAAAUUUUGCAUACGUUAUAUUUCUUGUAUUAUAUGUCAUGUAUCAAUUUCGUUUAACAAAUGUCAAAUUUCAUUUAUCAUAUGUCAUAUUUCGUGUAUUAUAUGUCAUGUGUCAUAUUUCGUUCAUCAUGUCAUUUUUCGUAUCUAGUGCACAUCAUAUCUAAUAUGUCAGUUUUUUGUAAGUCAUAUAUUACAUUUAGUAUGUUAUUUGUCAUAUGACGUAUUUCAGUUAUUUUAUUCGAUGAGUACCUAUUACAUCAUGUAUUAUACGUCAUGUGUCAUAUUUCGUUUAAAAAAUGUCAAAUUUCGUUCAUCGUAUGUCAUUUAUCGUAUCUAGUAUAUAUCUAUAUAUAUCUGAUACAUAUGUCAGUUUUUUUAAGUCAUGUAUCAUAUUUGGCACGUCGUUUUACAUAUAUUACAACCCUACAUUUUUGCGGAAAACUUCGUUUUUUUCCCCACCCUGUAUAUAAAUAACGUACAUAAUUACUUAGAUUUAGUUUAUUGUAUGGUAUUAACUGUAUAUCAAAUAAUUCAAAUAAAUA